AUGGGAGUCCCCGCAUUUUUUAGAUGGUUAUGUUCCCGAAAUCCCCAAUUUAUAUUGGACGCCUUCGAAAACUACGAGAACUUCUCGGAGCCAUCAAACAAUCCUGAAAUUCAUAAUUUAUAUUUAGACAUGAACGGUAUAAUCCACCCUUGUUGCCGAUCUGAUGGAUCUGCGAUGCCAAUUCCAAAUACUAUAUAAGAUAUGUUUAAUAAUAUAUUUAUGUAUAUAGAUAAAUUAAUGGACAUAUGCAGACCUUAAAGGAUUUUAUAUAUGGCAAUUGAUGGAGUAGCUCCUCGAGCAAAAAUGAAUUAACAACGAGCAAGAAGAUUCAAAGGAGCAAAAGAAGCCGUUGAGCUCCAAAAGAAGAAAUUGGAAAUAAUUAAUGAACAAAGAUAAUAAGGAGAGGAUAUUCCAGAAGAAGUAAUGAGAUUCGUAGAGAGUAAAUUCGAUACUAAUGUAAUAACUCCGGGGACAUAAUUUAUGAGAGAUCUAUCUAUAGCACUAUAGCAUUAUGUCUUAGAUAGAGUUAAUAAUCACCCUUUAUGGAAAAAUUUGAAAGUAGUGUUCUCGGAUGCGUCAAUACCGGGAGAAGGAGAACAUAAAAUACUGAAUUUUAUUAGAAUUCAAAGAAGUCAGGAUUAAUAUGAUCCGAAUAGUAAACAUUGCCUAUAUGGGGCUGAUGCGGAUUUACUUAUGUUAGGAUUAAGUACUCAUGAACCGUAUUUUUAUAUUAUUAGGGAGUAGAUUAUUAGUAAUGAUGAAAAAAGAUGCUCUGUUUGUGGUUAAUAAG